GUAUAUUUCUUUCAUAUCAGCUGUCACUUCGCAGCUAACUUCAAUACAAACAGCAGCGCUCAUUCAUGUGCGGUUGUUCGAAUAGUUUGGGUGUAGGAACGAUUUGCGCGUAAUUGUUUUUGUUUUUGCUGUUGAGCGUAUAACGCGUAAACAAAUAGAAUUUACAAUGGAAACAAAUGAAAAACAACAAUCUUGUUCUGUAGCAAAUUCUACAACAAGAAAAUCAAAUGCUUCUUUCAAUUUAAAAAGUUAUAAAGUGCAAGGAACGUUGUUACGUGAGGAUUUUGAUGGUGGUCCCGUUAGUUUGGAUGAAAUAACAAACGGUUUAUUUUUGGGUAACUUAUCUGCAGCAACAAAUAUGGAAACUUUGAAGUCCUUCAAAAUAAAACAUAUUUUAACAUUGGACACUGUGCCUCUACCAAAGCAUAUAUUGGAAGCAACGUUCCUUACUACAAAGUUUAUACAAAUUGCUGAUAUGCCAAAAGAAGAUAUUCUCCACAAUUUGGAUCAGUGCUUAGAUUUUAUCGGUAAGGCAUUACAGUUGGAACAACAUAUUCUAGUACAUUGUUAUUUCGGUGUUAGCCGGAGCUCUUCCGUUGUUAUUGCUUUUGUAAUGAAAACUCAUGACCUGGACUACCAACAAGCAUUUGAUUUGGUGAAAUCAAAAAGGCGGUAUGUGCAGCCAAAUUCUGGAUUUAUAGCACAGUUAAAACUUUAUAAACGUAUGGGUUGUAAAAUUGACACCCAAUACCAAAAAUAUAAAAUUUAUCGAUUACGUUUAGCGGGAGAACAAGUUCGUAAAGUAAAAAUAUUGCCGCAAAGUUUUAAUAAUUUGAUUAAACCUGAUCCAUCAGUAACACAAGAAAAUCCGGAACCAAUAGUGUAUCGGUGUCGUAAAUGCAGGCGUAUAUUGGCUUCAAAAUCACAUUUACUAGCACAUCAAAGUAAAUCAAAUUUAAAUGUGAAUGCUAACAUACAAAUUUCCUCUGGAGAUGCUCAAACACCUCAGCAACAGACAACACGUUUACUUGAUCAAAUAGCGUCUCAAAUGCGUAAAGCUUCCAUUGGUUCUCCUACAGACGAACCACAAAAUAAUACUGGAGAUGAGCAAAUAUUUUCAACAUGUAAAAGUAUUAUAUUUGUUGAGCCGAUUGCCUGGAUGAAAAAUAUAUCGCAUAAUACCCAAGGACGAUUAAAUUGCCCUAAAUGCGAACAGAAGUUAGGAAAUUUUAGUUGGAUAAAUGGUUGCCAAUGUCCUUGUGGAGAGGAAGUGUCGCCAGCAUUUUAUUUUAUUCCAUCUAAAGUGGAACUCUCUAAAGCAGUACAAAACGUUCAAACCACUGUUUAAUUAUAUCAAACAUCAGCAAGUUGAGCUUAUUUCGAUACAAAUUGUUAUUUUCCAGCAUAAGAUACUAAGGAACGAUGUAAUAAACAGAUAAGUUAAAACUUUUCCACUA